AACCAUCUGAUAUUAUCGCUGGCCGUGGCGGACCUUCUGGUGGCCUGCCUAGUGAUGCCCCUCGGAGCCGUGUACGAAGUGUCGAAAGAGUGGCGACUCGGAGCGGACCUCUGCGACAUGUGGACCUCCAGCGAUGUCCUGUGCUGCACGGCAUCGAUCCUCCACCUGGUGGCCAUUGCUCUCGAUCGGUACUGGGCCGUAACUGACAUCGACUAUGCCCACCAGCGGACGGCCCGGCGGAUAGGCUACAUGAUCAUCGUCAUCUGGACCCUGUCCGUGCUGGUCUCGAUAGCGCCGCUGCUCGGGUGGAAAGACCCCGAGUGGGAAGCCCGAGUCUACCAGGACCUGCAGUGCAUCGUUUCUCAGGACGUGGGCUACCAGAUAUUCGCCACCGCGUCCAGCUUCUACGUCCCGCUGCUGGUGAUACUGUUCCUCUACUGGCGAAUAUUCCUGGCGGCCAGGAAACGGAUACGGCGAAGGCAGCAGGAAGUAUGGCGGAUGAUAAAGGUUCCGCUUAGAAUUGCUAGUCCUGUGAACGGGUGGACUCGGCGGAAUGCGCGAUGGGCCAGUGCAACCGAUGCAAGCUAUGGGAGCACUUUGGCUGUGCUGGUGUCGAUGAGUCAGCAGCCGGGCACCACAUACGUUUUUAAGCGAUGCUUCAAGCAGGGAAAACCCAAUGACGAUCGCCUGAAAGUGCCAGUUGAAGAAACACGUCCACUGAAGGGGUCAAAAGCGGGCUCAAAGGGAGGAUCACGGGAGGGAAAGAAAAGCCCUGAACCUUCGGAAAUCGUAAGUUCCAUCAUGCGGGCUGCACUGCUGACGGAACAACUGAAACUUGUCGAACAACAGCAGCUGAUGGAAUGGAAGAACAAGCGUUGCAAGAAGAAGAGCGCAUCAAGAAGCAGCUACUGGAGGAAGAAGAACGCCAGUAGCUCACCGAGGAAGCAAAACGUAUCCGUGAGCGUAAACUGCAGGAGGAAUUGGAAUCGAAACGUAAACCACAGCAAGUGA